UGUGACGCGCCAUCCGAAGCCCAUAUAAGGCAAAGCGUUUCCAAUUCCGACAUAGAGCUUUGCCUUGCAAAGGUAGUUAUACACUUUGUUUGUCGCUAAGCCUCAACAGCCUUCACCAUGGCCCUUCUCGCUCAGCAGCGUCUGACCGCCUCCGCCCGCGCUGGCCGCCCCAGCCGGUCCCGCGUGGUGUGCCCUGCCAUUCGCGCUGAGGGUGGCAAGGUCAAGAUCGGCAUCAACGGCUUCGGCCGCAUUGGUCGCCUGGUGAUGCGCGCCACGAUGCUGCGCCCCGACAUCGAGGUCGUGGCCAUUAACGACCCCUUCAUUGACUCGGAGUACAUGGCUUACAUGUUCAAGUAUGACUCCGUGCACAAGGUCUGGCCCGGCAAGGUGGAGGGCAGCGCGGAGGGCUUCUUCGUGGAGGGCCGCAAGGUCCACACCUUCACGGAGACUGACCCCACCAAGAUUGACUGGGCUAGCGCUGGCGCUGACAUCGUCGUUGAGAGCACUGGCGUGUUCACCACCAUCGACAAGGCUGCUCUUCACCAGAAGGGCGGUGCCAAGAAGGUCAUCAUCUCUGCUCCCUCCAACGAUGCCCCCAUGUACGUGAUGGGCGUCAACCACGAGAAGUACGACCCCGCUAAGGACCACAUCAUCUCCAACGCCUCCUGCACCACCAACUGCCUGGCUCCCCUGGCCAAGGUUGUGAACGAGAAGUUCGGCAUCAAGGAGGGCCUGAUGACCACCGUGCACGCCUCCACCGCCACCCAGAAGACCGUGGACGGCCCCAGCCGCAAGGACUGGCGCGGCGGCCGCGCCGUGAACGGCAACAUCAUCCCCUCCUCCACCGGUGCCGCCAAGGCUGUCGGCAAGGUGCUGCCUGAGCUGAAGGGCAAGCUGACCGGCAUGGCCUUCCGCGUGCCCACCAACGAUGUGUCUGUGGUCGACCUGACCAUCACCCUGGAGAAGGCCACCACCUACGAGGAGAUCAUGGCCGCCCUCAAGUCCGCCUCCGAGAACGAGCUCAAGGGCGUGAUGGCCUACACCACCGACGACGUCGUCUCCUCCGACUUCAUCACCGACCCCGCCUCCUGCAC